AGAAUUAAAUUGUAUAUACUUUUCACUGUCACACUUGCCUUUGAAUAAUUUAUAUGCUUAUUUUUUUACUUGUUUCCAUACUUUGUCCUCAAGGCACUGAUUCAAGGCUUUGCAGUCAAUAGGCAGUCUUAUUUGAAUGAAUAGAAGACUAGAUUCGAGAAAGCAAAGUGUUUUUUUCAUAAUUUCUACUUGAGGGAUAUGUGUUCAUAAGUAAUUUGGGUGCGUGUUAAUAAUAACCUUUUUAAAAGUUGUGGGUUUUGUUAAGGCUGGCAGUAAGAAAAAGAAAAUCACUAAAGCUGAACGGUUGAAGCAGCUACAAGAGGAGGAGGAGAAACGACAAAAAGAAGAAGGUAUAAAACAGUGAUACUAUUUUCAUAUGCAGGUAACGUUAGAGGAAGCCCGUGUGAAAUAUGCAAAAGAAGAAAUGGAAAGACUUGAAAAACAACGUGUUGAGAAAGAAAAAUGGAGAAAACUUGAAGCAAAAGAUCUAGAAAGGAGAAAUGAAGAGCUUGAAGAACUUUAUUUAUUAGAGGGGUGUUUUCCUAAGGCAGAGAAAUUGAAACGAGAUGAUAGAUUGCUUUCUCAGUGGAAACACUACAUUCAAUGUGAUGGGAGCCCUGAUCCUUCAAUAUCCCAAGAAAUUAAUACUUUUAUUAGCUUGUGGAAAGAGGAAACCAAUGAGACCUUAGAGGCAGUGAUUGCGAAGAGUAAACUGGUGCUAAAUUUAAUUGGGAAAUUAAAGCUAAUUUUAUUGGAAACUCCACCAUAUGAUUUGCAAGAGAAAAAUAUAAUACAGUACCAAGAAUCAAUUCUAGAACUGCAGGAGCUCCUUCAUCUUAAAUUCAACAUGGCCACAGAACUACUUCUCAGACAAGCAAGUACUUUAGCAGACGUAGACAGCGGAAAUAUGGAAAAAGUCAUUCGAGAUGAAAAUGUUACUCUAUACGUGUGGGCAAACCUCAAGAAGAAUCCAAGGUACAAAAGUGUCACAUUCUCUGAGACACAAGUUGGCUUUGAAAUCCCAAGGAUAUUAGCAACAUCUGACAUUGCUCUACGACUCCUCCACACUCAUUAUGAUCAUGUCACGCCCCUGGGCCCUGCUCCAGCAGCAUCGCAAGAACCCACUUCCACGGUGACUCACUUAGUCAAAGAUGAAGCCAAGAGUAUAGAAGCAGCAGUCAGCAAAGUUCUCCAAGAAGAGAGUAAACAACAAGAAAAUGAGUCUAACUCAGUUCAUGAGGAAGAAACAAAAGUUGAGGAACCAGGGGACACUGAAGAACAAAAGAAUUCUGUCCAAGAAGAACCCGAAGUCAAACAACAUGACCUGGAGAUGAAAUUAUUAAGUGAAACUGUUUCAGCAGCCCAGUUGUUGCUGCUAGAGAAUGCUCAAGAAAAGCCACGUUUCUUUGAAGAUGAUGAGAUUGAUUUAUGCCAAUUCACAACUCUGGGUGGAGUGUACCAUUUGGAUAUUUUGGAGCUUCCCCCACAGUGUAAAUCAAUGAAGGGCUGGAUGAUUGUGGAAAUACUCAAAGAAGGAUUACAGAAAUAUAUAUAUCCUCCAGAAACCACAGAAGACUUUGAAACAGAAAAUGCUUUCCCACCCAUAGAAGUCAUGCUUGAAGUUCAUGAAAAUGUCAUCUUUUUUGAGGAUCCUAUGGUUGCAAGGUGGGAUGCUGAAGCUAAACACUGGAAAACUGAUGGCAUCAGUAAUGUCUCUCACAAGUCAGAAGAGAGACUUAUAACCUUCAGUCUGGAAACUUUUGGCCCUGUUACCUUGAUUCAAGAUGCUCAUGUUAAUAUGCCAUACCAGUCAUGGGAGCUAAGACCACUUGAUGUGAAUAAAGUACUUUUGACGGUGACUACAGUAUUUAUGGAGAUCCAAAUACAAAUUAAGGAAAACUUCUGCAUGUUAGCUUCAAUAAAACUAAAUAACAAAAAGCAUUCCUCUAUUUUGGAAGAAAAGUGGAUGACUCCUAUUUCUUUCAUUCUUGCUUUGAAAGAAGCUGGAUUGAAUAUCUUCCCUACCAGACACUCUCAUUUUUAUGUUGCUACAAACUAUAAGCUUCCUUUGGUAGAAAUGAAAGCUUAUCGACAGAUGGCCCUGCUGAGUUCUGCUUUUGCAUUUGGCUGGAGCAAGUGGAAUGCAGUAUGUGAUUCUAAAAAAGUUGUAUUUCAGGUGAGGGAAUACCUUCCCAAGGAAGAACCCAUUCAAAAUCCCAAUUGGACACUUUUAAUGUUUAGCGGUGACAGGGCACAAAGUCUCAGGAUCAACGAUAACAGUGAGGCGUUCUCUGAGGCCCUUAAAGAAGAAACUGAGUUUCACUCCACUUUAUACCACAUGGUUAAGGAUUUUGCUUCUAAAGAAGCGAUGAGGUACAUUAGAUGUUCCAACUGCCAGUUUAUUGACUCUGUGUGCCAUAUGCUUCUCUCUACUAGAUUACUCAGCUAUUCCUAAUCUCCACUGGUAAAUUUUAUUCAGUAGGAACAAUCCAGCACCUUGGAGGAAAAAAAUCAGGUAUUUCUUCAACAAAGUGUCAUGAGUGAAUAUCUUUCAAGUAGAGCAUUUAAAUGAUAUAUAAUCGGCAUUUAAUACUCAAAAUGUAUUGUUUAAAGUCUUUUUCCUCCUUAUACCCAGCCUACUAAGACAUCCAACGUUCACUGUACAAAAAUUUGAAUCGUUCUUUAUUUCAAUAAAUUUUAACAAACAAUAA